CUCAACUCUCCUUCCUCUCACACGCAGCCCUCUCUAGUCACUCUCCAGGGGAGUUCUCGGUCAAUAUGCAAGUGAGUGAAACUAGGUGGGCCUUUUGCUAGAGCAGCAGGCCCCCACAAGGCGUGGUGCCUUAUUCUCAAAGGUACUUGAAGACCGAGAGGAACAGGUUGAUGGGAGGACAAACAAACCUUCUUUCAUCACCCAACCUGCCCUCAGGACUCAUGUGGAUUUAGUGAGGCUUGGUGUUCAACUCCUAAAGGCCAAAAUACUUGGUUUCUUUAGACCUUCUUGUUGUUGUCAAUCAGAGUGAUCAGUUUGUGUCACUCUGUUUUGAAGCACACAUAUUUCUCAGAAGUUUGUUUGUGUUAAGCUUUCCUCCUGGAUUACUUGUGGAGAUUCGUGAUGGGGAAUGUGGCCACAGGGGCCCUGGAGCAGGAACAGACUGAGGGCCGAGAGGCCAGAACCUCAGUCGGAGGAGCUUCAGGAAUGGGAGAACCCACUCCAACUUUGCAGAAGAAGCAGCCGGCUCCCCCCAAGUUGCCCAUGCCCCCAGAGGAGGAGCUGGAGGAGCGCUUCAAUGUGGUGCUGAGCUACAUGAACUUGCCUCCAGACAAACAAAAGCUGUUGAGUCAGUAUGACAAUGACAAGAAGUGGGAAUUAGUCUGUGAUCAGGAACGAUUCCAAGUGAAAAGCCCCCCGUCCAAUUACCUGAAUAAGAUCAAGAGCUUCUACCAGGAUCAAGGAGGGGUGUCUCGCAGGCUAAAGAAAAAGAUUCAGGAAGCCACACAGGUCCUGAAAGAUCUGGAGAUAUCACUUCGCACCAAUCACAUUGGAUGGGCUCAAGAGUUUCUCAACGAGCAGAAUAAAGGUUUGGAUGUCCUGGUGGAAUACCUGUCCCAUGCACAAAGUGAUGCCUCGUAUGACGCGGAUAGUGCUGAAAAUGGUGGCAGCCUGUCAGAAAGAAGAAAGCCAGCAGAGAGGUCGAUGGAAGACUUGACCAAGAGCCCCAGCAGCUCUCACUCACAUGGCAUGACCAGAGCUGCUCGGGCUCUGACUGUGAGAAUAAGCUCCACUAUUGGGAACAAGAUUUAUAAGAAAUCCCAUUCAUCCUACCAGAGAGAUGAUGUGCAUGUGUGCAUAAUGUGCCUGCGAGCCAUCAUGAACUACCAGUCUGGUUUUAACCUGGUGAUGACUCACCCAUGCUGCGUGAACGAGAUCACCCUCAGCCUCAACAGCAGGAAUCCCAGGACCAAAGCGCUUGUGUUGGAGUUGCUGGCUGCAGUGUGUCUGGUCAGAGGAGGACAUGACAUCAUUCUGUCUGCUUUUGACAACUUCACAGAGGUGAGCAGAGAAAGGAACCGCUUUGAGAAGUUGAUGGAGUACUUCAUCAAUGAUGACAGCAACAUUGACUUCAUGGUUGCUUGCAUGCAGUUCAUAAACAUUGUGGUCCAUUCAGUGGAGAACAUGAACUUCCGUGUUCAUCUGCAGUUCGAGUUUACUUACCUCGGAUUGGACAAGUAUCUCGGGCGUCUGAAGCAGACAGAGAGCGAGAAGCUGCAGGUUCAGAUCCAGGCCUACCUGGACAAUGUGCUGGAUGUUGGAGCCCUGCUGGAGGACGCUGAGAACAGGGGGGGGGUCCUCGAGCAUGUGGACGAUCUGCAGGAACACAACGUACAGCUGGGAGCCCGGCUUGAGGAGAUUGAGAACCAGAGCACAGAGAAGAUAUCUGAACUUGAGACUCAGCUUAUGCAGGCCACCAAGGAGACGGAGCUGCUCAAAGAGAGCCUGCAGCAGUCCUGCUCCCAGGUCAGUGCGCUGCAGCAGAGGGAGAGGGAGCGGGAGCUGGAGCGGGAGAGGGAGAAGGACCGGGAGCGCCUGAGCACAUCCGCCCCCCCCACCUCCUCAGAGCUGGAGCAGAAGGUCCAGGAGCUGCAGGACCGGGGGCUGCUCCGCCUGGGACGCAGCGCCUCCGGGGGGCUGGACAUCCAGGUGGUGCCUGUCACCGUGGUGGAGUACAUCCAGACCCCCGCACCCCCAGCCGCCCAGCCUGGUGUCUCUGUCACUGAUUCUGCUUCCCCACCCCCUCCUCCUCCUGGUGGUCCAGACGGGCUGGCCUCUCCGACUCCUCCUCCUCCACCUCCUCCACUCCCUCCAGGAGCAGGACCACCACCCCCUCCUCCCCCACCUGGCGCCGGACCCCCACCUCCACCUCCCCUACCUGGUGUUGGACCCCCACUGCCGCCUCCUCCGCCCGGUGGUGGACCUCCACCCCCCCCUCCCCCACCUGGUGCUGGACCCCCACCUCCCCCGCCUGGUGGUGGACCUCCGCCUCCACCUGGAGCACCAAACGCUCUAUCUGGCGUCAAGAGCAAGAAGCCCAUUCAGACCAAGUUCAGGAUGCCGUUGUUAAACUGGCAGGCCUUAAAACCAAACCAGGUGACCGGCACUGUCUUCAACGAGCUGGAUGACGAGCAGGUCUUAGAGGAGUUGAACAUGGAUAUCUUUGAGGAACAUUUCAAGACAAGGGCACAGGGUAAUCCAGCAGACAUUGCUACUAUCAAGAAGAAGGUGGUCCAGAAGGCCCCCAGCAAGACCUCCCUGAUUGACGGCAACAAGGCCAAGAAUCUGGCCAUCACGUUACGCAAGGGGGGAAUCAACGCGACCGGCAUCUGCACCGCCAUAGAGAUGUAUGACCAGGAGUCUUUGUCUAUAGACCUGGAAUUACUCGAGCCCUUCAUACCAUCAGAUUUCGAGAUGAAGCUGCUGCUUAACUAUGAGAAAGAUGGCCGCCCGCUGGAGGAGCUGGCUGACGAGGAUCAGUUUAUUCUACGCUUUGGGAAGAUUCCUCGUCUGAAGCAGCGCAUUAGCACUCUCACUUUCAUGGGCAACUUCCCUGAUACUGUCAAACGCCUGCAGCCGCAACUGAACUCCCUCAUCGCUGCAUCGAUGUCCAUCAAGUCUUCAACCAAACUGAAAAAGUUAUUAGAAAUUGUUCUUGCCUUCGGUAACUACAUGAACAGCAGUAAGAGGGGGGCGGCGUACGGCUUCCGGUUGCAGAGUCUCGACCUUCUGUUGGAGACCAAGUCUACGGACCGCUCGCAGACCCUCCUCCACUUCAUCGCCAGCAUCAUCCAGGAGAAAUACCCAGACCUGUCCAACUUCCACACUGAUCUACACUUUGUAGACAAGGCAGCUCUCGUAUCAUUGGACGGCAUUCUUCAGGACAUCCGCUCAUUAGAACGGGGAAUGGAAAUGGCCAAAAAGGAAUUCCUGGUGCAGGAUGACAGCAGCGUUUUGAAGGAGUUCAUCAAGACCAACAGUGAUCAGCUGGAGACUUUAAUCAAAGACAGCAAGAAAGCUCAGGAGGCAUACGGAUCUGUGGUGGAGUAUUUCGGAGAGAAUCCUAAAACCACGCAGCCUUCCAUGUUUUUCCCGGCGUUUGGACGCUUGAUAAAGGCCUAUAAGAUAGCACAGCUGGAGAUAGAGCGGAAAAAGAAAAAGGAGAGUGAGAGCAGCGAGGAAAAAGUGUCAUCUCCAAACAAGGCCGGGUCACAAAAGGGACCUCAGACGCCUAAAGUGCCCCAGAUGGACCUGAUAGCGGAGCUGAAGAAGCGGCAGAAACCUCAGGUACGCGAGGGGAAGGACGGCGCCCUGGAGGACAUCAUCACAGAUUUGAGGAACACACCAUACAGGCGGACAGAUGGUCGACGGCCAGCCCAGCGCCAGGACCCUUAAUCCACUUCUGGUGCAUGAAUUUUUACAAAUGUAACUCGAGAAGAACAUGCUUCAAAAUGUUCUGUAUAUACAGUAUUUUAAAAUGCAUAACGAGCCAUGUGGCAGCGUGUUUUUUAGCCAAGAUUUUAGAGUGAAACUGCUCUGUAAAUAGAAUUUGAAUAUUUAACUAUUUCAUAUUUUAAAAGCAACAUUUAAUUUGAUUAUAAAUCUCACUUUUACUAUUUCUGUGGUACCAAUUGGCUUUUGAAUGUUCAGUGUUGUUACCUAUUGAGUAAUAAUAAUAAAAUCAUGAUGUUUUUUGAAA